AUGAGUAGUGAAGUCACGACCCUCGAAAAUGAGAUCAAGGAAUAUAAACUACAGUUGGAGACAGUCCAACUAGGCCUUCAAGCAGAUCCGGAUAGUGCAGAGCUUCAGGAAUUAAAGACUGAACUCGAACAAGUCAUUUCCCUCACCGAAGCUUCGAUCGCAGAACUAAAGCCAUAUUCAGUUCCAGCUGCUGCACCCAAGAAAUCAGAACCACCAGUGAAGGAGAAAUGGUCGAGAGAGAACCACCCCGCUUUCAAGAAAUCGACGGCUACCACGGCUGCGGUAGAAGAAACAGAGACCCCGGCGAGCUUUUCAGUUAACGAUACAGUGCUGGCAAAAUGGCAUUCAGGAGACAAGGGAUUCUACCCCGCGCGUAUAACUUCGAUUACCGGCUCGUCGACGGCUCCUGUGUAUAUUGUUAAGUUCAAGAGCUACGACACCACCGAGACACUGCGCGCCAAGGAUAUCAAACCCAUUACCAAUCCCAAUAAGCGCAAAGCUGAUGGUACACCAGUCGCAACUUCGAUACCCGUAUCCCCCGUCAACUCCAACGUUAUCUCUGCAGCUGCAGAUAUAAACCCAGAGCUUGCGCAACAGACCAAGCGCGAGCCAAGUAAGGUCAGUGAUGGUCCCGUGCGGCCUGCCAAAGUUCCCAAGAAGAUCAAGGCGAAUAAGGAAUUGGAAGCUGGCAAGAAUAAAUGGCAGGAUUUUGCGGCGAAGGGGAAGUUCGGGAAGACCGCAAAGAAAGAAAGCAUGUUCCGUACCCCUGAGGGUGUUCAUGGUAGAGUUGGUUUUACAGGUUCCGGUCAAACUAUGCGGAAGGACGCUACGCGGAGUAGGCACAUAUACCAAACGAAUGGCGAUGAGGACUUUUAA